AUGAGAGAAGUCAUCAGUCUGAACGUCGGCCAGGCCGGUUGCCAGAUUGCAAACUCUUGCUGGGAGCUUUACUGCCUCGAGCACGGUAUCCAGCCCGAUGGUUUCCUCACCGAGGAGCGCAAGGCCCUGAACGAUGACCACGGCUUCAGCACCUUCUUCUCCGAGACUGGUCAGGGCAAGUAUGUCCCCCGUACCAUCUACGCCGAUCUUGAGCCCAACGUCGUCGACGAGGUCCGCACCGGCCCUUACCGCUCCCUCUUCCACCCCGAGCAGAUGAUCACAGGCAAGGAGGAUGCCUCAAACAACUACGCCCGUGGUCACUACACCGUCGGAAAGGAGCUCAUCGACCAGGUCCUCGACAAGGUCCGCCGCGUUGCCGACAACUGCUCCGGUCUGCAAGGUUUCCUCGUCUUCCACUCCUUCGGUGGAGGAACUGGUUCCGGUUUCGGUGCCCUGUUGAUGGAGCGUCUGUCCGUCGACUACGGCAAGAAGUGCAAGCUCGAGUUCUGUGUCUACCCAGCUCCCCAGGUUGCCACAUCCGUUGUUGAGCCAUACAACUCCAUCCUCACCACCCACACCACCCUUGAGCACUCCGACUGCUCCUUCAUGGUCGACAACGAGGCCAUCUACGACAUCUGCCGCAGGAACCUCGGAAUUGAGCGCCCCAACUACGAGAACCUCAACCGUCUCAUUGCUCAGGUCGUCUCAUCCAUCACCGCCUCGCUCCGAUUCGACGGUUCCCUCAACGUCGACCUGAACGAGUUCCAGACCAACUUGGUCCCUUACCCCCGUAUCCACUUCCCUCUCGUCGCCUAUGCCCCCGUCAUCUCCGCUGCCAAGGCCGCCCACGAGGCCAACUCGGUCAUGGAGAUCACCAACGCCUGCUUCGAGCCCAACAACCAGAUGGUCAAGUGCGAUCCUCGCAACGGAAAGUACAUGGCUACCUGCCUGUUGUACCGUGGCGACGUUGUCCCCAAGGACACCCACGCUGCCAUCGCCCAGGUCAAGACCAAGCGUACCGUUCAGUUCGUCGACUGGUGCCCCACUGGUUUCAAGGUUGGUAUCUGCUACCAGCCUCCUCAGAUGGUCCCCAACGGCGACCUCGCCGCCGUCAACCGCGCCGUCUGCAUGUUGUCCAACACCACCGCCAUCAGCGAGGCCUGGUCUGCUCUCUCGCACAAGUUCGACCUCAUGUACAGCAAGCGCGCCUUCGUCCACUGGUACGUUGGUGAGGGUAUGGAGGAGGGUGAAUUCUCCGAAGCACGUGAGGAUCUCGCAGCCCUUGAAAGAGACUACGAAGAGGUGGCCGCUGACAGCCUCGGCGACGAUGAGGGUGUUGAGGCAGAGUACUAA